ACCAUCCCCAGGGAACGGGUCUUCCACUCAAGCCCCCACCUCCGCCGCCCUGGGCGCGCGCCAGGAGUCGGGCGGCUGUGUUGACAGUGCCCCUUCCCCGGUAGGGGCGUACUCCCGCGUCUCGGCGUCGUUGUGUAGCACCCUUCCAGCUGACAGGAGCCAGGAAAGAGAGCUCUAGGCGGUGUCUGGCAAAGGGGCUGCGGAACAGGGUGCCCCUCAGCCAACCUACUGCCGAGGCGAAAGGUUGGAGCCCCCAGCGAGGGACUGGGUCUGAGGAGACCUCACAGGCGUCUUGGGACACGACCAGACGUGGAGGGCGAGGCUGCUGGGGGAAAUUUAGGGCGUUCCGCUCAGGCCAUGGGCCCCGUCGGGGACUCGGGGGUCCCCUCGGGGCUCGGACCACUUGGCUCGUGCUUUCCACGGGUUCCCCAUCGCCAUUUCACAUCUACAUCGACAGGUUUAAAAAGCAGCUUCCGCCAGAUGUUUCCAGUCCUUUAAGGAGAAAGACUGAGCCUGUCAACCUGGGGGCACUCGCGAGGGAUGCCCCGACCCUCGAAGGGUGGGAGGAACAGAGGUUGAAGGGGGGCGGCGGGAGCCGAGAGCGCCCUCCUUGACCACCAAAUGCCUCCUCCUGUUUCUGUCUCUGCUGAGUGGGCUUGGCCGCGCUGACCCCCCGGGAGGAGGGACGGACGACGCCCGGCGGGUUCUGACCGCCUUCAUGUGGCUGCUGACGGGGAUCCAGGUGGGAACGGGUAUGGGGCGCAGCCUCUCCCUAGUCCCUCCCCGCCUCCCGGGCGCUGGGGUUGGCGAUGAGGAGACGUGAGGGGACCGGCGGCUGCCCCGGGUCCUUCAACUCCACCGAGCACCGGCGCGUCCCUCCGCGCCCGGGGCAGGAGAGCGCCAGGCGCAGGGCUUCGAGGCCGGCGGCGAGCGGAGCUGGCGCCCCGGCCUCGCCAUGGGGCACAACGGCAGCUGGAUCUCCCGAAACGCCAGCGAGCCGCGCAACGCGUCGGGCGCUGAGGCGACGGGCGCCAACCGGAGUGCGCUGGGGGGGUUCGGCGAGGCGCAGCUGUACCGCCAAUUCACCACCACGGUGCAAGUCGUCAUCUUCAUAGGCUCACUGCUCGGAAACUUCAUGGUGUUAUGGUCAACUUGCCGCACAACAGCUUUCAAAUCUGUCACUAACAGGUUCAUUAAAAACCUGGCCUGCUCAGGUAUUUGUGCCAGCUUGGUCUGCGUGCCCUUCGACAUCAUCCUCAGCACCAGUCCUCAUUGUUGCUGGUGGAUCUACACCAUGCUCUUCUGCAAGGUUGUCAAAUUUUUGCACAAAGUCUUCUGCUCUGUGACGAUCCUCAGUUUUCCUGCCAUUGCCUUGGACAGGUACUACUCAGUCCUCUAUCCCCUGGAGAGAAAAAUAUCAGAUGCCAAGUCCCGUGAACUGGUGAUGUACAUCUGGGCCCAUGCAGUGGUGGCCAGCAUCCCUGUGUUUGCUGUGACCAAUGUGGCUGAUAUCUAUGCCAUGUCGACCUGCACCGAAGUCUGGAGCAACUCCCUGGGCCAUCUGGUGUACGUCCUGGUCUAUAACAUCACGACGGUCAUUGUGCCUGUGGCUGUAGUAUUCCUCUUCUUGAUACUGAUCCGACGGGCCCUGAGUGCCAGCCAGAAGAAGAAGGUCAUCAUUGCAGCACUCCGGACCCCACAGAACACCAUCUCCAUCCCCUAUGCCUCCCAGCGAGAGGCAGAACUGCAUGCCACCCUGCUCUCCAUGGUGAUGGUCUUCAUCUUAUGUAGCGUGCCCUACGUCACUCUAGUCGUCUACCAGACUGUGCUCAAUGUCCCUGACACUUCUGUCUUCUUGCUGCUCACUGCCAUUUGGUUGCCCAAAGUCUCUUUGCUGGCAAAUCCUGUGCUCUUUCUUACUGUCAACAAGUCUGUCCGCAAGUGCUUGGUAGGAACCUUAGUACAACUGCACCAUCGGUACAGUCGCCGAAAUGUGGUUAGUACAGGCACUGGGAUGGCUGAUGCUGGCCUGGAGCCCAGCAUGCGCUCAGGCAGCCAGCUCCUAGAGAUGUUCCACAUUGGGCAGCAGCAGAUCUUUAAGCCCACAGAGGAUGAGGAAGAGAGUGAAGCCAAAUAUAUGGGCUCAGUUGACCUCCAAGCCAAGGAGAUACUAACCACCUGCCUGGAGGGAGAGCAGGGGCCACAGUUUGCAUCCCCUGCAUCCCCCCCUGGCACAGUGGACUCUAUAUCCCAGGUGGUGCCAGCAGGCCCAGUGGAACCAGAGACAUUCCCUGACAAGUAUGCCCUGCAGUUUGGCUUUGGGCCUUUUGAGUUGCCUCCUCAGUGGCUCUCGGAGACCCGAAACAGCAAGAAGCGGCUGCUUCCCCCCUUGGGUAACACCCCAGAAGAGCUGAUCCAGACAAAGUUGCCCAAGGUAGGCAGGGUUGAGCGGAAGAUGAGCAGGAACAAUAAAGUGAGUAUUUUUCCAAAGGUGGAUUCCUAGCAGGGAUUGUAGAUUCCUAGAAGAAACAGAGCUCCCACACUCCUGUCCCCUUCACUCUGGCCCAGUGGUUUGUAGAAUGGGUUAACUCCUCCUUAUGGACCAGAUGUUUCUGAAAGAGAGGGAAAUCAUAUAAAACCAAAUGUCCUCUUUUUUGAGGGAAUAUAUGUAAUUAGCUCAAUGAUCGAUUUCCUUUGUGAAGUCCACAUCCUCUCUCUGUGGAAGUGAAAGUUGGGCAGUGGGAGUGAGUCCUAGGAUGGAUAUUCUAUAUGAUCCCUCAGGUCCCUGGGCCCAGCAGAAACAACAUGGAAAGAAAAGUGUCCAUGAGCUCCAAGGAAGCAGGGGAGCUUGAGAGGAUUAUGAAGUGCUAUUGACAAAAGGAAAAUGCCCAUUUUAUGGACUUAAUUAUGAGUAAUAGUCAAUUUUUCAUGUUUAUCUCUAUCUUCAGAGAAGAUAGGGACCUGGCAUUUGACCUGGCAUCUUCUCUGGAAGCUCUGAUCAUAUGAUCACAGUUUCUCCUUAUGUCAUUCAUCCCUUUCACUGGGUCAUAGAUAUGAAAUGACUUUUCUACCCCCAGUUGACAGAUACGGCAACAGAUAUGCUUGGGGAUUAGGGAGGUAGUUUGUCUUGAAAUCCUGACAUUUGUCUGGGAUGACAGAGGCCUUGGAGACAUACUCCUGCAUCUCCUAGUAAUAGUGGGUGUCAGUUGGAAACUACUGUAAACUCAUCAUUAUAUCUUUCUACCUUGAGUUGUGUUUGAUCCACAAAUGAGAGAAAGUUUAGAGGUGGAGAAGAAAGACAGACACGUCCAGGUACAAUUGGACUUUCCCCACAUAAUCCCAUGUGAAAGGUGCUAGGUAGUAAUCAGUAGAAGUAAACAAAGUAUACUGAAAAAAAAAAAAAUCUUGUGCAAACUUUUGGAAUUUCGAGGUAAUUUAAAAACGUAGUUUGUGUGAUCUCGGUCCACUGGAAACAUCAAGCUAAACAUUCUUGAUUAGGAAAGGUGAUUCUGCUCCAACGACUGGAAAAAGCCUUACAAAGAUGGCUCCCUUCUCAGGAGAACUCCAGAAUUCAGGUAUGGUCAGUCUUGUUCCCUAUCUAUUAUCAUUUUGUUUUGGACACAAGGAGAAACAGAAUGGGGAGAAAGACAUAAUCAUAAUAAAAUGUCAAGGCCAUACCUAGCCCAGAUGAAUUCACUGUUUUCUCCUUCCUAGUGAAGUUUUAGCAGAAUCCAGAGAAGAUAAGAGAGGGAGCACAGACUCCUCAAUCGAUUAGCGUCUGGGUGGUUCUCACAAGUAAUUUGAGUCCAGUUGGGGGUGGAUUGAACUGGGCUAAAUUCAAACUACAGAGGACACUUUUAGAGGGCAGAUCAAGUGCCAGUUCUGAUCUCAUGAAAGUGUUUAUUCUUGUUAAUAGUAUAUAGGGGAGCAAAUCCAGUGCCUUGAGCAAGCCUGAAGGGAAGUGGGCAUUCUCACAGGCACACUUCUGCAUCCCAAAGGCAGUGGUCCUCACAGUCCCCUCUUUGAACACGUUGGCCCUUGUCCUUUGGGAAACUCAGACCAUGUGCAGGGAGUUUCCUUUUUCCCCUAGGUGUGCUGUCUUGUGAUUUCUGAAUGUGAACCUAAAGGCCUUUUCCCAGCAGAGGGAGCGCCUUCCUCUUCGUGCUUUGUGUCCUGGCAGAAUUGUGUGCUCCGGCAAAAACAGGGGACACCAGCCUUCAUGGCCCCCUGCCUCUCGCGCCCUUUGCGCAUGCCCUUGUGGCUCCUAAUACGUAAUAUGUGACCUUUAAGCUUGUCUUUCAAAGCCUUCACAGUUGUCACAACUCUCAUCAAGGGAAACGUAAUCUGUCAGAUAAUCACAUCCAUUUUAGGAGAAUUUGUCAAAUGUAACCACUUUGGUAUUGUUCUGUUAAUACGUAUGUACAACUUAAUACAUUCUGAUAAGGCAGAAUUUGGCAGGUAUUCCCUAUGUAUGUUUGAAGGAGGUGGUUGACUUUUAACAGGUCAUUGUCAGGAGUAUUUCUAUACUCUGAAGAACUACAUUUUAAUAAAAAAAUGAAAAGCAGUU